AUGCGGGUUGGUUGCUUGUUAAUGCGGUAUCUAAAUGUAUCCAGAUCUGGCAUUUUGAAUCCACAAUCAUUUCAUGUGGUUGUGGUUCAGAGCCGUUCUUAUAAUUGUUUAAAGUUUUUUGAUUCUGGAAAACUGAACCAAAUAUUACUAGUAAAGACUUCAGAAAUAAAAAAAACAAGCUCUAUAGAGAAAAAGAUUCACAAAGCAAUGGCAUCUUCAUCCGCAGUCAUGACUUCACUCCCACAGUUCAGUGGCCUUAGGUCCAAACCAUCAGCUCCUCGGGUAGACUCUCUGGUGAGCAUUGUACCAAUGAAGCGCAAGGGAAACGGCGCUUUGGGUGCUCGUUGCGACUACAUCGGUUCACCAACAAAUUUGAUAAUGGUCACCUCAACAACUUUGAUGUUGUUUGCUGGAAGAUUUGGGUUGGCUCCAUCAGCAAACAGGAAAGCAACAGCAGGUUUAAAGCUUGAAGGUAGAGAUUCUGGUUUACAAACUGGAGACCCAGCUGGUUUCACUCUAGCUGAUACUUUGGCCUGUGGAAGUUUCGGCCACAUUAUUGGUGUUGGUGUUGUUUUAGGUCUUAAGGGCAUUGGUGCACUAUAAAUAACUAUCCAUUCUUAGUUUGGGAUCAUACUUCCCAAUGGUAGUACUCUUUUAUAAAUUCUUAUUUUGUAAAUUUGAAUCCAUAUAUGUCUGUUUCCUUCCGCCUAUGGUUGCUUUGCAAAAGGGAUUGAUUGGUUUCUGCAU